AUGUUUGAUGAAGUGUGGCAGGAUAUGCGCUCUCUUGACGCAGAUCUGGCACAUGAGAUUCUGGAGUCCAUGUUUGUUCUCAUGCGUGCCCAGACCGACAAGGCACGCAAAGACAUGGCCGACUUCGGGCAAUACUUGCGCUACCGCGAAAGAGAUUUUGGGAAAUGUUUUCUCUCAGCCGUGAUGCGCUUCGCCAUGGAUCUGCACCUGACCGCAGACGAGCUGCUCGUCAUGAAGCCCGUCGAGGAAAACUGCUCUAAGCACAUGUCCAUUGUCAGUGACAUUUGCAGCUGGGAAAGGGAGCUCAGACAGUCUCGGAGCACGGCCGAAGAAGGCGCGCGUUUGUGCAACGGCGUGCAAAUCUUGUCGGCGAGUCUUGGCCUCGACGUCGAAGCGACGAAAGCCUGCCUGUGGACCAUGGUGCGAGAAUGGGAGGUAAAGCACGAGCGCCUGUGUUCGGUGCCGUUUGUGCCAGCGGACAUUUCCAAGGGGGCUAUGCUCUACCUGAAGGGCUUGGAGUACCAGAUAAGUGGCAAUGAGCUCUGGAGCCGCACGACACCGCGAUAUCUGGUCUUGGAUUGA